AUGCGAUCUGUACUUUGUUUCUUGGCAGGCAACCCUUUGCAGCCACCAGCUGUCAGCCAUUGGCUGUUAGCGCUUGUAGGAACCUUACAUCCAGGGCAGGGCAGGUAUUUGGCCCUGACAAACCUCAAUGCGCAUUCCCAACUACAGCUUGGUAUCUUGACAGUUUGUAAAGAGAAAACGGCGUUCAUCAAUACCCUCCAACACUUGAGCGGCUUUACAUAUAGGCGCGAGUCAGGGCAUCCCAAAUCAAGAACUCUCCUACUGUAUCCGUACAACAUUAUCCAGUUUUCAUAUAAUGAGCCAGAAAGCAUUGACCAACUCAGACAUUUUAUCAGUCUUGACCAUUACAGGGGCCACCAAGAGCUCCAUCAACAGGGAGCGGGAAGCACACAUAAGCCUGACAGGACGGAUACUGAGGUGGAGAAGAAGCAAAGGGCGGCUCUUGCCUUGUUCCCUCUUCGCCCUGUCAAUCUUGUCUCAACGCAUAUUAUUACAGCACAGUAA